UACGUACAAUAUGUGGCCGACUUUGCCUGACAGGAAUCUAGAAUUUUGAAGUUUAGAUAUUUUGUAGACCAAUGAUAAUAUAAUGAUAUGGACAUGGUGCGUUCUUUGUUUUCUGGUCGAUUAGUCCAAGGUCUACUUCAGAUCAAAGCAUUGUCUUUUUGCAUCGGUCGUCAACCAUUCGGUCAACUCAAAUUCAAACGUUUGUCCUGGAAAGCUUUUGCAAGAUCAAGAGAGUUUAACCCAGCUAAUCCAUCAUCAAAAGGAAAAAUGACAACAGAAAAUCCCAUUGGAAAUGAGAUAUAUCAAACAACAGAAGAACAUCCAGAUGUUUUAGAUGCAGAAAUUGAAGGGAAAAUACCUAACUGGGUUGAAGGAACCUUACUUAGAGUUGGACCCGGAAAAUUCGAAUGGGGUGAUACAAAAUACAACCAUUGGUUUGAUGGUGAUGCAAUUCUCAACAGGUUCGCUAUCAAAGAUGGUAGUGUCAAAUUCUCAAGCCGUUUUCUCCGCAGCAAAUCUUACAAAGAAUCUGAGAAGAACAACCGCAUUGUUCUUGCACAGUUUGGUACAACUCCACCACCAGACCCAUGCAAAAAUAUAUUCUCCAGAUUUUUCUCAUAUUUUCAAAUGCCAGAAAUGACUGACAAUUGCAAUGUCAACAUAGUUAAGGUAAAGGGAGGCCAUUAUGCUUCCACUGAAGCACCAAAAUUGUGGAAAUUUGACAAAGACACUCUGGAAACAUUGGAUCCUAUUGACUUUGGAAAAAGAAUUUCAGGUCCCAGGUCUUGGCUGGCACAUCCACAUUACGAUGAAGAUGGUACUUACUACAACGUUUCUACUUCAUACAUGAAAAACAGAAACGAGAUUUACAAGGUUCCAGCAAAACAGGACCUUGAAACUGCCACAGAUGAAUCAGCAGAAAUGAUUUCUAGCUUUCCCUGCAGCAAAGGUCCAGCUUAUUACCACAGCUUUGGUAUGACCGAGAAUUACUUUAUAUUCAUGGAAAGUUCAUUGUUCUUCACAAAUCCACUUGGCCUUUUCUUUAUGAGACUAAUGGACUGGGCAUAUGUAGACUUUUUCAAAUUCAAUGAAAACAUAAAGUCUCGUCUGCAUCUAAUUGAACGCAAAUCAGGAAAGCCAUUUGCAAUAUUUAAUGUUAACCCAUUCAUGUGCUUUCAUCAAAUAAAUGCUUAUGAGACAGAUACCGAGGUGGUUCUUGAUAUGAGUGGGUACUCUGAUGGGUCUGUUAUGAAAGCAUUGUACUUGAGCGAAUUGAGGGAAGAUGCUGAAACGAAAAUUAAACCUGCAGAGCUUCGCAGAUAUCAUCUUUCAUUAGCUAAAGCUGACUCUGGGAAACCAAAACAAGUUGAGCUGGAAAAAGAUGCAGAAGGAAAAGACUAUGAGGUUCUCCAUGUGGGAUUUGAGCUGCCAAGGAUUAAUUAUGAUUACAAUGGAAGAGAUUACAGUUAUGCAUAUGGAAUGGGAUCUUCAUCAAAGCCCCCUGGUUUGCUCAUUUUGCACAAGGUUAAUGUAAAGACAAAAGAAGUCAAGUCAUGGGAAUGUGAAAAUUGUCACCCAUCAGAGCCUGUUUUUGUACCAAGCCCAAAUGCUAGUAAGGAAGAUGAUGGUGUGGUAUUAUCAUCUGUUCUUGGCAUCAGAGGACAGAAAUCAUUUUUGUUGGUGCUUGAUGCUUGCGACAUGACAGAGAUUGCCAGGGCCUAUGUGCCUGUCAGACUGGUUCCGCUGGUUCAUGGAGAGUUCCUCUAGUUUUUAAUGCAAAUGAAAAUCCAAAACAGCAGGCCCUAAACAUACAUUCACAAAUCUGAAAGAUGAUUGAACAUUUAAUUUUAUAAAUAUAAAUGGCCUUUAACAGCUCUUUAAAGAUAAUUAACAUCCAAUUUAACGAGCUUUUAGUAAAAUUAAUUGACAAUAAAUAUGUAUUACAGGGAGUUGAAAUCUCCACUGGCAUUGUUCUAAAUUUUCGACUACUUUACAACAAAACAUAGACCAUAAAUAGUAACUAAUAAAACAAAGAGAUCAAAAGGACUAGAUACAUCUUGAAAGAACUCAUUGUAAAAUGUAAAACAUAAUUUUAUAAUUAGAUAUCGUAGAUGAUGUUGAAAGUAUAGAAUUUCAAGCCAAUAGACCAUCUUGGAGUUCGCAAAGCUAUGAUUGAUUUCUGUGGUUUUAUAGCUAGGUUCAAUCCUUCAGGUGGGAAGAAACAGUGAAAAAUUGAUGGUGGGUAGAGGCUGUUCUUUAAUUUUUUGGGUUGUGAAACUCCUUUAGAAUAGAAAAUACUUAAGAAUUCAAAUCUGAUUUUUGUUGAUUAACAAUGGACCUUGUGUGAGCUACAGAGGAAUUUUCAAAUCUUGGUAAAAUAGGCUGCCAUUGUUUUUAUCGCAGCUUUUGCCCCACUUGUGUCAUGGGAUCCAAUGUUCAAGAUGGUCUAUAGGCUCAGUACCAUGCAAAUUAUAGAUUGAAAAAAAUAUAUUUGACAAAACUAUCUAUGCAUAAGAAUUUUGUUUAUUUGAUUAGCUGUGUAAGUAGAAUCUGGAAACAAGAAUGAUGUUAAGAUUAAA